UCCGGCCCCCGGGGAUGGAGCGGGCGGCUCGCAGCUCCUCCCGAGAGGCCCGCGGGAGAGGCGGCGGGUCCCCCCGCCGGGAGAGCCAGAGCGCGAGGGCCGAGAGGGGCGGCGGAGGCCGUGGGCGCCGGGAUGCGGGGCGCGAGCGCGCGGGGAGCCGGGGGGAGCCCCCCGCGCCCGCAGCCACCGUGGUGGACGUGGAUGAGGUCCGGGGCUCGGGCGAGGAGGGCACCGAGGUGGUGGCGCUGCUGGAGGGCGAGCGGCCCGAGGACGGUACCAAGUCUUCAGGUUUAGGGGCCUGUGAGUGGCUUCUUGUCCUCACAUCCCUGCUCUUCAUUAUUGUGACCUUCCCUGUUUCCAUUUGGUUCUGCAUAAAGGUUGUACGGGAGUAUGAGAGAGUAAUAAUAUUUCGACUGGGACAUCUGCUUCCCGGAAGAGCUAAAGGUCCUGGCCUUUUUUUCUUUUUUCCCUGCCUUGAUACCUACCACAAGGUUGACCUUCGUCUCCAAACUUUGGAGAUACCCUUUCAUGAGGUUGUGACCAAAGACAUGUUUAUCAUGGAGAUAGAUGCCAUCUGCUACUACCGAAUGGAAAAUGCCACUCUUCUCCUAAGCAGUCUUGCUCAUGUGUCCAAAGCCAUCCAAUUUCUUAUGCAGACCACCAUGAAGCGUCUCCUAGCACAUCGAUCCCUCACUGAAAUUCUUCUAGAGAGGAAGAGCAUUGCCCAAGAUCUAAAGGUUGCCUUGGAUUCAGUGACCUGUAUUUGGGGAAUCAAAGUGGAGAGAACAGAAAUUAAGGAUGUAAGGCUGCCGGCAGGGCUUCAGCACUCACUGGCUGUGGAAGCCGAAGCACAGAGACAGGCCAAAGUGCGGGUGAUCGCUGCGGAAGGGGAGAAGGCCGCGUCCGAGGCCCUGAGAAGGGCGGCCGAGAUUCUGGCAGCCACCCCGGCCGCGGUCCAGCUGCGGUACCUGCACACCCUCCAGUCCCUGUCCACAGACAGACCUUCCACGGUGGUUUUGCCUUUGCCGUUUGACCUGCUGAAUUUCCUGUCCUCUCCUGGCAAUAGAACCCAAGGAAGUCUCCCCUUUCCCAGUCCUGCCAAACCCGUCGAGCCACCAAAUCCUAAAACGAAAGACUCUCCCAUGCUCUAGGAGGAGCCCGGGGUAAUGUGAUGGGGGUAGGGGUGGGGGUGCUGCCAGGGAACAGCCCCAUCUCUGAGGGAGGCUCUGUCCCCACUUCCUGCACUUCCUUUGGUUGCCACAUGGAAUGCCCUGGAAAGGCAGUCACAGCCCAGCCAGCUAUGGGAGGAGGCAGUGGGAUGAUGUAAUGACAGAGGAGCCAUAUAACAAGUUUAGGUGGACCAUUUUAAUCAGAGUAAUAUGGGAAGAGCGUUAGCCGACGUUCUACUUUGGAAAUAAUUUUGUGUCUCUAUAUGGCUAAAUUUUGACUUCCAAAGAUAUAGUUCAAAUGUCUUUUUUUUUUUUUUUUUUUUUUUACUGUACACCCUCUGGCCCCUUUGGCAAGGUCUUUCCUGCUCCUGUGGCCCUUUCUACAUGUCCCUUUUACUGUGCUCAUCACACUUCACUGUCAUCCUGUAGUUAAGAUGCUUACUCCUCUCCAGCUGUACUACAAACUCUUGGUCACUUGCCCCACCACCACCACCUCCACCACUCAACCUUGUGUGUACCACCCUAUGGUCUCCACAUCUAACCCACAUAUUGGCACCACAGAGGCACUUAAAUGUUCCUGAGCGGAUGAAAGAAAAUAAGAUGUACUUGGGCUGAAUAUAAAAAUUCACAUCUAAUUAAAAGAAUUUAAAAGGGAUUCUUUUUAUGGAGACUCCUUUUUAAAACGGAGAAAUAAAAGACAAAAACAUUUACCUGAUACAUGUUGCCUAAAAUCUGAAGGAGCAUCACUGGAAACAUGGGGCUGACAUAUUCUCAGUACAGUAUUAACCAGCUUGCUUAUUUCUCAAACAGUGGUGACAUUAUGUGAUCUAUAAGUGCCCUGGAGUAUUCUUUUCCAGUACAGAUAUUCUUUAAUAUAAAUAUAUUGUCUUACUUUUCCAUUAACUUCUCUUACACAAUUAGAAAUAUGUAUCUACAGAAAAAAAAUUAGCCAAGUAAAUAAGAAAGCCUCUUGAGGUAUAUAGCAAAUCCUCUAUAGACUUAAAAAAUCAAUAUUAUAAAAUCUUACUAACAUUAUAAAAAUACUACUAACAUCAUGUAUAUUACUAAAAUGCUACUUAUAAAGGGAAUUUCCAUAUUGCCAGUACAGAAAGAAAUGGUGGCAACUAUUUAGUGGUUGCUCUGUCCUACAAACUGCCUUUUUACUCUUUAUGUUAUUCAAAGAUAUUAUUUUAUAUUGGAGAUGUGUUCCUGCUAUCCCUAAAUGAGAACUUUAAGCAUUUUCUAUAAACACACCUGUAAAGGGUUUUUGUUUAUGAAUGUUAGUCCAUAAAUCCCUAUGGAGCAUUAUUUCAGAGAGAAAAUGUAUUCUGAGCUCCUAGGAAUGGACCUGGACACUUUUAUAGCAUUUUGUCUGUUAGGGACAGGCUGGUUGGCCACUAUGUUUAAGUAACAGAAACAAGGCCCAGAUCAAGGAUGCUUAACCUUUCCUGUUCCCUCUGGAUCACUUCCAUAUUCCUGCCCUCUCUGCCAAUCCUCCUGUUCUCCAACAACAAAAGACCAAAAAUUCUCUAGCAGUACGUGAUAAUAUAGUAGUAUUAUAUGAUGCCAUCCUAGGGCCGUGUCUGUCAUAUGUCUCUAAGCCUCUUCCUCACCUCCAUCCAAAGCUGGGGAAACCACACAUUCUAGCCCAAGCCUGCAAACCCUAGGGUGUUAGCCAAGCAGUGCAUCUUCCCAAGAUUAUGCAGAACUGUUAGAUUAUUUCAAAACCUACAUAUUCAUACAAUCAUGCCCAAUUCAUUUAUUAUGUUAACAAUUAGCUUAGGGCAGGCACCUGGGUCCUCAAGUGGUUGAGCACUUGUCUUUGGCUCAGGGCAUGAUCCCAGGGUCCUGGGAUCAAGUCCCGCAUCAAGCUCCCCAUAGGGAGCCUGCUUCUCCCUCUGCCUAUGUCUCUGUCUCUCUCUGUGUGUCUCUCAUAAAUAAAUUUUUUUUAAAUCAGCUUAUAUGGUUACUGUGUACUGAGAUGAUAACUUUGAGUUUUGUUUCAAAAGGCUAUUUCAUCCAUUUCUGAAAACAUUUCCAUAUCUCAAAAGAAGUUUUCCUCCCUACUCUCAAGGACCAUACAUGGUUGUGGGGGAGUGGCAGUGCUGAAAGCCAUAGGUUGAGAAGUCUUGGCUGGAGGCAAUGGAGACUCUGAAGCUAAAGGAGCAGGCAAAGCUUUGAACUACACAGAUGUGCUGAAAUACAAAAUAUGGAAUCCAAAAGGCUGUAAAAUCCAAGUAAGCCAAGAGCCGGUACCGAAAUCUGCCAGGGCCAGAGAGAGGAAAGAAAGCACUGAGGAGGCAGCAAUCGAUAGCCUGAGAAUUGAAGGAAAUUUCUGGGUCCUCUCCUAGAAUAUCUAACAGAUUAGGGUUUGCAAUUUAGUUUUGUGGGCCAGCCAGGGCUCCGUCAUUGAUGCUCCAGCCCAUUUAAAGGACAAAGGCAAUUGGAGCAUCCCUGAAGUGGGAAGUAUCUCUCAUUACCACCGUGUUGUCCCACACCCAUUCCGUUAUACUGGUUAUUGAAGUUAAGAUGGUAUCAAGGGUAGUUGGUCACUUUUCACCAUAUAUAGAUGGCUCCUGAUCUCAGGUUGGCAGAUGUUGGCAUAAAUAAUGAAGGAGGAGGUAGGGUCAUGCUGAUUCAGGCAUAGCCAGAGCCAGAACAGAACAAUUAAGAGUGAAUGCCAAGGUAAUAGGUAAUAAGACCCUUGAGAAUUCCAUGUAGCAUGGUUCCUUUUGUCAAAGGCAGAUUUACCUACGGGUCUGGGGAGUGCCUCGGGUAUCACCCACUGGUUGGUCUCCUCUGCUGUCUGGCUCAGUCAACAUUUAAAUUUUUCAUUAGCUUACCGGAGGGCACCUUCCAGGGCUGCUCAGGCAGCCUGUGAUAUCUUCAGCUAUUAAUUGGCUGUUGGGAUGGGAGUGUUUGAUGGGUGGGAAAUAUCAGGGCUAAGUUGCUAUGAAACUGUGAAUGGUCAAGGGAAACUCUUUAGAGACUAGUGAGGUGAGCUGAUAGUGCUAUCUGCAAGGUCCCCAGGGGUCUUCUCUUGACACCCAGGUGCUGCCUUCUAGCUGGUUACUGAUCUUGAAAUGAUGAGUGGAAGGCAAGUUGGACAGUACAAUCCAAAACUAAGAUAUGUACGAGGGAAGAGUUUUUCUUUUUCUUUUUUUUUUUUUUUUUUUUAUGAU